AUGAAUUCGAAGGUCUUACAACAAAUUUUAAUAGUGUUUUCAAUUAUUGUAUCCAGUGUAAAUGCGGUUUCUGAAAACUUUAAGUUGGAGCUACAUGGUCCUAAACAAUUGAAAGGUAUGACAAUUUAUUAUGAUGACAAUUCAAUAUUCAUCGGAAAAAAAUCCCCUGUUAGUUUGGUUAAUGGCACUAUUCAAGAUGACGGAUCGUUAAAGUUGGGUACAAACGAGUUUAUCGGCAUUAAGAAAAAUUAUCUAACUGUCACAAAUAAUUUCACCGAAUAUGCUCUGCCUUUUAAAAUUGAUAGCAAAGGGUUCCUUAACCUUUAUGGUGAAAAAGAAUUCAAAGCUAUUCCUAAUGGCGAGACUGACACAUGGAUUUUAGCAUCUAAAAAUGCCUUGUCAACUUUAAGUUCAUCUUACACAGUUAAGGUUAAAUGUGUGAACGAUAAAGGUAAGAAAGUGGACAAGUUUUCAAUAAAAGGAAGUGGAGCCAGUGAACUGCAAGCUAGUGUUAUUAUCUAUCCACUUGUUAUUAUGACCUCAUUGUAUUUAAUUAUCUAA